UUAUAACCUCAACAUGACCUCUCAUAGCGGAAGUUUAGUGCAUGUUGCCUGUGAAUUAAACUAACGGCGUUCUGGUGUUUAAAACGUGUAACGUUUCAUUAUGGAAUAAACUGGAAGUGAUUUUCUCCAGGAGCAAAACUUCCAGCUGCUGCAGUGUAAUGGGGUUCCUGGGAGGAGACAUAACUAUUCACAAUAAAACUCAGUACAAAUGGACCGUCUGCAUCGAAUCUAAGGAGCCAUGGCCUAAGUCUGACAUAUAUAUUACAUUCACAGUUGGAGGCUAUGAAAAAAAAGUUAAAGAAAUCUUUGUACCCAUCACCAUUAUCAGAACAAUCUACAUCAAUGUGAAGUAUGGCGAGUGCUCAGAGAGAGACUGCUACAAAAAUCCACAUUUGUGGUACAUGUUUGAUCCAAAAGAUGAUCCAUAUUUCACAAUUCGAGAGAGUGGAGACCACGAGCAAAUACAUCUGGACUGCAAUAGACAUUAUGAGAAGAAGAAAUCAACAUGCCCAAACUAUGGGAAAAUUGAAGAUGAUGAGAGAGAGGCAGAAGAGCAACGUAGACGGGAAGAGGAGCGGCGUAGACAAAAAGAGGCGCAGCGUAGACAGGAAGAGGCGCGGCGUAGACAGGAAGAGGCGCGGCGUAGACAGGAAGAGGAGCGGCGUAGACAGGAAGAGGAGCGGCGUAGACAGGAAGAGGAGCGGCGUAGACAGGAAGAGGAGCGGCGUAGACAGGAAGAGGAGCGGCGUAGACAGGAAGAGGAGGAGCGUAGACGGGAAGAGGCGCGGCGUAGACAAGAAGAGGUGCGGCGUAGACAAGAAGAGGAGCGGCGUAGAGGAGAAAGGGAGCGGUGUAGACGAGAAAUGGAGCAGCGCAGACGAGAAGAGGAGCGGCGUAGACGAGAAGAGGAGCGGCGUAGACAAAAAGAGGCGCAAAUUGUGGAACAGUUUAUAAGAGAAUAUUUCAAUAGACAAAAAGAAGAGGAGCAGAGGCGUCAGGCUCAACUUGAACGUGAACAACAAAUUGAGGAACAGAUUACAAAGGAAAGUGAGCUUGCAAUUAAGAAGCUUUCACAAGCCACAAAGACACUGAAGCAGAAACAGAGGCUGAGAGGCCAUGAGCUCCAUCACCAAACUCAUAUAAUGCAACAGCCUCUGGAGGCUGAAAUUGAAAUAGAUGAGGUUCCAGAAAUAGAGAAGAAAUACUCAGAGCUCCUGUGUGAAUAUCAAAUGACUGAUGAGGAAGACUCAGAGGAGACAUUAGAAGACAGGAUGAAAACCCUGCAAAAUGAGUUAAUGGUGGAGUACUGUAAGAAACACGACCUGUCCAGUAGCUGCGUGUUUUCUUUCGACACUGCAGUUGGUUAUGAGACUUUGCCUCUACGUGAUAGACUGACAGUGCUUGAGACAGUACUGCAGUUAGUUUUUGAGGAGGAUGAAAACGACCACACACAUAAACAUGAUCGGGAUUUCCUCUUGGAUGUGCUCGAACUGUUGCAAGACGAUCAUCCAUCACUCGCGUUUAAUCUUUUACAGAACGUUCUUCAAACUGAUAUGCAACUUUCUACACAGAGUAAAGAAAUUCUGUGUCAGAUUGCGUUCAACAACUCAUGGAAACUGGCAGAAAUAACAGCUUUCAUGCGUUAUGUUGUCAGGAUAGACAAAGACCAAGUGCAGGCAAUACUUCACAUUGCACAGACCUACAAGUUGGAGUACGGGAAUGUCCUCAAUGCUUUAGAUAAAUCUGAUCCCCUCAGAUGGCUGAAAGGGUAUGUUGUCACAGAGAGACACAAAAAUGCUGAUACUAUUAUUAGUGAAAUGCGCAACUCAAACUACCCUGAGAAUGUCCUGACAAUACUAGAGGAUGUUCUGGUAUAUCUGGAAACAGAGCUUCCAAAAUACAAAAGAACUCCUCUCCAUAAAAAUGACAUUCAGAGUGUAAAGAAAAUGGUUAAAGAACUGGAUUUUACCAACCCAGACAGACAAGUUCUCAAAAGUGUUCUAGUGCAAAUGUCACUCGCAGUAAAAAUGUGCUCUGCUGUCACUAUUCAAAAGGGUAAAGAGGAAAAAGUCAUUGAUGGAUAUCUUCCCAGAUUAACUCAAAUUGCAGCCCUGGUGGUUUUCCUGCUUCCAAAAUCAAAAUCCAACACAGGUUGUCUUCUUGAAAUUGGGACAGGUGAAGGGAAAUCUUGUAUAUUAGCCAUGCUUGCUGUGAUCCAUGCCAUGCGUGGUGUGAAGGUGGACAUUGUGACCAGCUCUCCGGUACUCGCCCGUCGUGACUUAGAGGAAUGGAGCAAACUUUACAAGAUGUUCGACAUAACGUCAUCUGCUGUUCCUCCAGUGCUGAAUGAUGUCUCAUCUGAAGAACAAGAAGAACUAACUCAGGAAGCAUACAAACAAGAUGUAGUGUAUAGUACUGUUGGAACAUUUGCAGCAGAUACACUGAAACAAGAGUUUGAGAAGAAAACAACUCGAGGAGACAGGAGGUUUGAGAUGGUCCUUGUGGAUGAGGUUGACUACAUGACCUUGGAUAAUGGAGUUCAAAUAACAUUUCUAUCCCAUGAGUCCAGUGGACUCCAACAUUUGGAACAAGUCCUAGCAAGCAUCUGGGCCAUAAUAUCUGCAUGUCGACCAAUUGCGGUAGAAGAAAAUGGAGAGACAAUGUGGGCAACAAGAGUCCAGAAUUUUCACACAGCUGCCCUGAUAGCAAUUAUUGGUUCAGAUAAAAAUGAUAAAUUUUCACCACUGGAAAUUCUGUUGCCAGGCAUUGAAUUAGGCUUUUACUCAGAGGAAGAUUUUGAAAAUUUGAAGGAAUCUAUUAAUGCAGAAGGAGAAAAGGAACAUGGAGCUAUUGAAAAUGAGGCAUGGAAGACCAUCAUGGCCAAAACAGGAAUAGAGCAACAGUAUGAUUUGCUCAAUGUUCUUGAGAUGGGGAUGGAGGACAAGGUGGCAUUUACCUGUUAUAUUUAUCAGCCGGAAACAAGAAAAGUGACUCAGUUUGGAGAGCAAAAGUUAAAAACUGACCAAAACAUCAACAUGCUGCUAUUUGAGAAUGGAAAAGCUUGUGAGAUGCUGUCUGAAAACUUGCUAAUUGAAGCCACUGUUAGCCAGUUAAAAUCCAAAAUUAAAUACUCUCAACAAUGUAGUUCAGAAGAAGAUAAAGAAUCGCUUGUAAUCCCUUCUUUCUUAGAGAAAUACCUGGAAAACCAGCUGCCACUGUUUGUUGAGAAUGCACUGAAGGCCAUUCAGAUGACCAAAGGCAGAGAGUACAUGAUUGAGAGAUCUCUAAAAGCUCAGGGAUUAGAUGUUGAUGAAGAUGAUCAACACUUGUACCAUGCAAUAAUCCCAGUGGACUUUCAGGCUAGUGGAAUGCUGGAGAAAAGAAAGCGAUGGGGUGAUGGACUACAACAAUUUCUGGAGAUGAAGCAUCAACUAACUUUAUCUCCAUUAUCAAAUGUGACAAACUACAUGUCAAAUUCAAAUUUCUUUAAAAGAUAUCUCAUGGGGAAAGGGAUAUUUGGUGUUUCUGGAACACUAGGUGGAGAUGCAGACAAGGGUUUCCUGGCAAGACAUUACAAAACGGAUAGCUAUGUCAUACCACCUCAUCAACGUCAGAAGGUUACUGAGCUGCCUGCAGUACAAGUGGGGGGAGGUACUGACCAGUGGAUCCAAACUAUUUGUGCCACAGUCUCAAAAGUCUCUAAACGAGGACAGGUGGUGUUAGUGGUGUGUGAGGACGUCAACACUGCAAAUGCGCUUAAUGACAAAAUUGCAGCAGAAACUAAACAUUCAGUUACCAUGUACACGAUGAGCGAGUGCCACAACAUUGAGAACCAGGAGUUCGGCAAGGGACGGAUCAUUAUUACCACUAACCUUGGAGGACGUGGGACAGACAUUAAGGUCACAGAGGAGGUUAAUCGCUGCGGUGGUCUCUUUGUGCUACUCACAUACUUCACCAAUAACCGAAGAGUCGAGAAACAAGUGUUUGGACGAACAGGUCGAAAAGGCACCCCAGGGAUGGUCCAGGUAAUACUGAACCAUGAUCGUCUGGCCAUGGCCUACCGAGGCCAUUCUAUUGAAGUCAUGAGGGAACUGAGAGAAGAAUAUGAAGUUAAUCGAAUAAAAGACAUGGAGAAGGAGAAACUAGCUGAAAUUGAAAUGAAGGAAGAGCUGUUCUCUACAUUUUGUCAGUUCCUUAGUUACUUUGACAAGCAUUAUAGUACAAUAGAGAAGAUAGACCUCUUUGAAGUGAAAAUAAAACAUGCCCAUGGUUAUUUUAAAUCUUUUCACCGUAAGAUGGACUAUCACCCAGCACUGAAUGCUUUGAAGGAAUCAUGGGGUAUAUGGCUGAUACUUCAUACAGACCAGAUUAACAUACACAGUGACCUCACACACCUGAAAGAAGACCUAAUCCAGAACUUGCAUGACACAAGUAACAAACUUUUACAAGGUCACAGUGAAAACUUUUAUGACCACAUACAGCAGGCUUUAGGAAGAACUGCCUUGCACCAUCAAAACAAAAAUAAAUGUGACUAUGGAGCAAAAACUUACUGGAAAAAAGCCUCUGACUCAGACAACUACUACAGAGCUGUUGCACUGUAUAAUCAGGCCUACAUUACCAUUAACUUGGCCAAAGAGGGCUACAAAAGUGAGGCACGUUCCUUACUCAAUGAGGCAGAGAAAACCUUAGAUGUUUACAUAUCUGAAACAACCAGAACAUUGAGCUUCUGUUCUUUGUCUGUUACUCGAGAUUUUGAACCACACCACAGUGGCAGCUGUAACUUACAAAUACAAAUGCAGGCAAGGAUGAACAUAUUUAAUUCAUGGAAACAAAAUAUCAAAAAAAUACUUGACAUGCUUGGAUCAGGCAGUGGAGACUUCAAAACUGUGGACUUGACUCUUUAUAGUUUAUCAAAUGAGGAGGAUUUUGUGUCUUCUAGUGAACUCGGCCUCUUUCGUAAUUAUGGCCUUGCAGUUGUGUUUGAGGUGAAACAAAAGCCCAAAUUCUCAUUUGAUGCCCUGAUUUGUUGUUUUCUUGGUGUGCUUCAGGUUGUAGCAGGAGUUCUGGUGUGCACUCUGUCAGCUGGUUCCAUGUCCUCAUUUGGUCUUGGCUUGAUCUCAGAAGGUGUGUCUGAUAUGAUCAGUGGAGUCAUGGGUAUGAUAAAUGGCACAUUUGAUUGGGCAUCAUGGGCAAUAUCUAAAGCAAUAAGUAUAGGAAUCUCUUUGGCCUGUGGGGGAUUCAGUGUUCUCAAAAGAUCAUUCUCUGCUGUGAAAAAUGCUGCAGGUAAUAUUCUCAAUGGCACCAAAUCCCUGAAAAGUGUUGCAUGUAAUGCCCUGAAAUCAGGUAAAAACAUGUUUGUUUCAGCAUGUAAAUCCACCAAAUCAAUGGUGUCAUCAAUAGCUAUGAAAAAUCUCUCUUGGACUGCAGUCAAACCAAUUUUGAAACAUUCCUGUAAAUAUGCUGUUCAGGAAUUGGCAAUUCAAGGAGUCAACAUUGCUUUGAACACAUGCAUUGAUGCUACAGUCCAAAAGACUUUCCAACAAGGAUUUCAAAAUACUUUUAAAAAAUCUGUAUGUUCAACAUUACACCAAAAUAAAGAGUUUAUUCGAGCACUCUCAGAUUUCAUCAGCUCAAGAAUUCCAAAGGCUGCCUUGCAGAAAGAAUCUGGUUCUUACAGGAUUAGCAAAUCCCUAGAGAAGGAAAUGAUGGACCACACGGUUUACAAUACAAACCUUGUCAUGAAUGAUCUCAUUGUAAACUGUAAACAGAUACAUCAUGUGAUUAACAUACUCUCACAGGUAUGGGACAAAUCAGCAGAGUAUGUUGCACACCGACCUUAUACCUGCAUCAAGAGUCUUCUGAGUGCUGCAAGCAUGUCCACUACCAUUUAUGAAAUGUACUCCUCCAUUCCUACUAAACAGACCAUUGACUGUAAUUUUGUUCCUGCAUUUUUGAAGUCUAUGCAAAAGGAAGCUUUAUUUGAGACAUAUGACCAUGAUGGAAGGGACAAACUGGCAGAUGUGGAACGGCUUAAAGAUGAUCUUAUUGACUUAAUUUCAGAAGUUCUUUCCCAAACAAUGGUGGAGAGAUUUUCUGGGUCUGCCACCUCCUUGUUUACAAAAACAUUUACUCAACGACUAAAUUCUGUUACUGGAAAAGUAGUUGGUAAUUUUCUGGGGAGGCAUGAAACCCAAAGUUUCUUUGUCAAUCAGCAGCAUCAUCAUGAUCUGAAAUCUGCCACUAAAUGCAAGGAAAGACCUUUGUCUGAGGAAGAAAUAAAUGAGCUCAAGCACUAUGCUAAUACUGUAACUGAUGAACAAAAGCCAGCAACAGCUUUAGAAGUUCAUGUACUCACAAAGAGUAACUUGCUGGAUGGAAAAGGUAUUUGUCUUACUGUCAUAGAUGAUCAAGGAAAAAUUCUCACAGAGGAGACUUACCCAGGAACUGACCCAGCAGCUGGUACUAUUAAACUUGUGCUAACAAAAACACCUCAAACUUCUCCAGGAACAAGAGGAAUGUGGAGUAAACUGACUCAAUGGGCCAUGGGUAAAGACACACCUGUCAGUGGACACAUUGAUAUUAUACGACCUGACGGCUCUCGGGAAAAGGUGAACUCCACAAAUCAGAACUGUCUGUUUCAUGCUGUCAUCCAAGCAACAACUAAAGACCCAAAUGAUGUUGUACAACAAAAAGCCAUAGAACUCAGGAGCAAAGUCAGUCAGGAGAUUCUAGCCAAACCAUACAAAUACCAUAAGGCUGUGAAGAUUCAGAAUAUGUUCAACAGAACAAACAGCUCCAAUAAAUUUAAAAUUGAAGCUGGAUUAAGGGAAGGAGACCAGGAGAAGUUUGAAAGGUUUACCAAAGACAAGACUCCAGAGGACAUUAUUAAUGCUUACCACUUGGGAAAAGUGGCAGAAUAUGAGAGCCUUUUGGACAUGGACAAACCCACUCCAGGAGUCGUCGAAGCAGACCACAUUCCACCAAAGAGUAGUUUAAAUAAACUUAUAAGAAAUCCAGAAAUGGUGAAAUCAUUCGAAGCAUGAGAGAGGACCAGAAUGGAAGAAAGCAGCUCUGCAUGAACACGCUCUACUCGGAUCAUCGACGUGCCCUGACCAGCGGCAACAGUUCUGAAUACAGAGCAUGCAGAGAUUUGCUGACAAACACCUUAGCAAGUGGAGACAUGGAGAAAGUGCUGAUGCAGUCAUUCAUACUGACUCAUCCGAGAUGUUCAGAGUACAUCCGGAAUAGUCUCGGAAUAAAACAUAACUUUGA